GCAGGGCUGUCGGGCGGGAAGUAUGGCGUCAUUGGUGCGCGCUGUGGAGCAUCGGUGAGCCGGAGGGAUGUCGCCGCCGCUCUUCAGCCUGCCCGAGGCGCGGCACCGCUUCACGACAUCCACCAGAGAGGCCUUGAAUGUCAAAAGUAUCAAGCCAUUACUGAGCGCAUUUAACCAGAUUCCUGGGAGUGAAAAUGAAAAGAAGUGCACCUUGGAUCAAGCUUUUAGAGUCAUUGUAGAAGAAGAAAUAAUAAACAAAGCCCCAUGUGAAAAUCUCCUGGCAAUUAUUUCUCUUGCUAUUAAUGGAGUCACAGAAGGUAUCUGCACUGCAUCAACCCCUUUUGUGCUUCUGGGAGAUGUUCUGGAUUGUCUGCCCUUGGAUCAGUGUGACAGAAUUUUCACUUUUGUGGAGAAGAAUGUUGCUACAUGGAAAUCGAAUACAUUUUACUCUGCAGGGAAAAACUACUUGCUACGAAUGUGCAAUGACCUCCUAAGAAGAUUAUCUAAGUCACAAAACACAGUCUUCUGUGGAAGAAUUCAGCUGUUCUUGGCUAGGUUAUUUCCACUUUCAGAAAAGUCAGGACUUAACUUGCAGAGCCAGUUUAACUUGGAAAAUGUUACUGUCUUCAAUACCAAUGAACAUGAGAGCACUCUAGGACAGAAGCACACUGAGGAGAGAGAAGAAGGAAUGGAUGUAGAAGAAGGUGAAAUGGGAGAUGAUGAAGCACCAACAAGUUGUUCCAUUCCAAUAGAUUACAACCUGUAUAGAAAAUUCUGGUCACUUCAAGAUUAUUUUAGAAAUCCUGUGCAGUGCUAUGAGAAGGUCUCAUGGAAAACUUUCCUUAAGUACUCGGAAGAAGUUUUGGCUGUUUUCAAAAGUUACAAACUGGACGACACUCAGGCUUCCCGAAAAAAGUUGGAAGAACUAAAAACAGGAGGAGAACAUGUCUAUUUUGCUAAGUUCUUAACGAGUGAAAAGCUGAUGGAUUUACAGCUGAGUGACAGUAACUUUCGCCGUCACAUCUUGUUGCAGUAUUUAAUACUAUUUCAGUACCUAAAAGGACAGGUCAAAUUUAAAAGUUCAAACUAUGUUCUUACAGAUGAGCAGUCACUUUGGAUUGAAGAUACUACAAAAGCGGUUUACCAGCUUCUUUCAGAAAAUCCUCCAGAUGGGGAAAGAUUCUCGAAGAUGGUAGAACAUAUAUUAAAUACUGAAGAAAACUGGAACUCAUGGAAAAAUGAAGGCUGCCCAAGCUUUGUCAAAGAAAGAUCUCAGCCAGAGUUUCAGCUUGGGCCUCCUGAUUCUAAACCAAUGAGGCCGGUGAGAAAGAGGCCAGCUCCAGAGGACUUCUUAGGAAAAGGACCAAAUAAAAAAAUCCUUAUGGGGAAUGAGGAACUGACCCGCCUUUGGAAUUUAUGUCCUGAUAACAUGGAAGCUUGUAAAUCGGAGAGUAGGGAAUAUAUGCCAACGUUGGAGGAAUUUUUUGAAGAAGCUAUUGAACAAGCAGACCCUGAAAACAUGGUUGAAAAUAAGUAUAAGGCUGUGAACAACUCUAACUAUGGCUGGAGAGCACUGAGGCUUCUAGCACGCAGAAGUCCCCACUUCUUCCAGCCAACAAACCAGCAAUUCAAGAGUUUACCUGAAUAUCUAGAAAACAUGGUAAUCAAAUUAGCCAAGGAGCUGCCUCCUCCUUCUGAAGAAAUAAAAACAGGCGAGGAUGAAGAUGAGGAAGAUAAUGAUGCUUUAUUAAAGGAAAACAAUGAAAGUCCAGAGGUGCAGCGGGACAAAGCCAUGACAGGCGACCAGAUCGAGGCAGUUGCGAACAGGCUUGGGGAGCAGUGGAAGGCCCUGGCCCCCUACUUGGAAAUGAAAGAUGCUGACAUCCGGCAGAUCGAGUCAGACAGUGAGGACAUGAAGAUGAGAGCCAAGCAGCUGCUGGUCGCCUGGCAGGACCAGGAGGGUGCCCAUGCCACCCCUGAGAACCUGAUUCUGGCACUGAACAAGGCUGGGUUAGGUGACCUUGCAGAAAGCCUGAGCAACGACACUGAGAGUGGCAGCUAACUCAUUCCAGCUGCUGCUCAACCCUGUUUGGGUUGGGGGGUUGUUACCUGUGACUUCUGGUGGUUGUCAUUAUCAUCAGUUGUGACUGUUUUGGUUUAAUGGUUCCUGUUGUUGCUAGGUAACAGAUUUUUAACAGGCAUCUGAUGGUCAGUAAAAAAACUUUUUAAU